CGGGAGCACACGGUCCUGUCGCUGUCCCGCUCCCCAGGGACAGCAGCUGGGGUGUCCCCGGGCAGGAGGAGCGUGGUGUGCCCUCCAUGGCAUCGUCUUGCUGACGCUGCCGAAAAGUGCUUGCCCCGUCCCCUGAACAGCGGGGCUCUCGGGGCUGCCUGCUCUCUGUGUCACCGGCUGCACUGCGGGUUCAGGCCGCGCCUUCAGACCCGGGAGCCCAGGUGGCCAGCCAGGGGUGCCGACCGGGCGGUGCGGCGGGAGCGGGACGCGGGCUGGCAGCCGGCCGGGGGCAGCGGGAGUGGGGCCGGUUUUGUUUGUUCUUUGUGUUGUUUUCCCUCAGGUAACUUAGCUUUUCCAGCCGGCCUGUCCCGCUGGGUCCCCAGACAGAGCGGCUGCCGCGCCGGCGGUGCCCGUGCGAGGCUCUUGGGUCACCCAUCCAGGCGCGACCGCGGCGGGCCCUGCUGAGCUUCGGGCGCGGCGUUGCCUGGCAACGGCCCCCGCCCCGCCCCGCGCUCCCAUAGCUACCGAGGCGGGCGGCGGCCAUCUUGGCAGCGGCCAUGAGCGGCUCCAGGGCGCGGGCGGCGGCGGCGGCGCCGGGGCCGGACAAGAAGCUGCCGCCGGGGUCUGCGGGGCCGCUCAGCCGCCUGCGGGGCCGACGCGGAUCGGCCGAUGCGCCGCCACGGCAGCCCUGGACCGAGUCCGAGUUGCUGGCGCUGGAGACCGUCCGGCCCGAGCACGUCCUGGGGCUGUGCCGGGUGACGGAGAAUUAUUUAUGCAAACCUGAGGACAACAUUUACAACAUCGACUUUACCAGGUUUAAGAUCCGGGACCUUGAAACUGGAACAGUACUAUUUGAAAUUGCGAAGCCAUCUGCUUCAGAGCACGCUGAGGAGGAUGAGGAUGACAGCAGUGAACUGGAUGCAAGUGCAGGUCGCUUUGUUCGCUACCAGUUCACCCCAGCGUUUCUCCGUCUUCGGACUGUUGGUGCAACAGUGGAAUUCACAGUGGGAGAAAAGCCAGUGUCAAACUUCCGAAUGAUUGAGAGGCAUUACUUCCGAGAUCGCUUGCUGAAGAACUUUGAUUUUGAUUUUGGUUUCUGCAUCCCCAGUAGCAGGAACACAUGUGAACACAUUUAUGAAUUCCCUCAGCUCUCAGAAGACCUUAUCCGUCUGAUGGUUGAAAACCCAUACGAGACGCGCUCGGACAGCUUUUACUUUGUGGACAACAAGCUGAUUAUGCACAACAAGGCCGACUAUGCUUACAAUGGAGGACAGUAAUCAUUCUGUCUUCUGGAUGCUGUGAUGCCCUUAACCAUUCCAGAUGUGCAGGAGUGGACUGGAGUUGCUGUCUCGUGCAACAAAGCUUCUUGCCAAACUUUUUCUCUGUGCAUGAGGCUGAGAACGUGAAGCGAAGAUGACGGCUCCUCAAAGGAAAUCUCCCUGCAACAACACCUCUCUACCUGA